UAAAUCAUUUUGGAUUGUAUAUAAAUGAAGAUGGGAGAUUCUUAGAUCAGAAAACGCAAGCGUCCCCUAAGAAAAUACAUCUAGAACCUCAACACAAGAUUUAGAUUUCUAUUCUCUCAGAUUUAUAUACUAUCCAGACAUGAGGGGCGUUCUGCUGGCGCUGCUGCUGUUGUUUUCUGUACGGGUAGAUUCGGCCCAGACUCAGAAAGGUCUCAGGCUCUGUGGCCGGGAGUUUUUUCGGGCUGUGGUCUACACGUGUGGGGGUUCAAGAUGGAGGAGGGGUCAAAUUGAAGACAAAAUAAAGGGGUAUGAAAUCCAGACUGGCGUGGAAUCAUUUACGGCCAAUGAAGAAAUGGAUCGGACGGAAAGAGACCUCUACUCAAUGCUGCCCAUACUGUGCUGUAAAGUUGGUUGUCAAAAAAGCGACCUGGCUCUCCUGUGCUGAGAAACUAUCACCUGUUGUGACAUAUCAUGUAGGCUCUGUUCUUUUUUAAAUGUACGAAUUUAUAUUGACGCUUGUGUUUAAGCUGGUUACACGAGUUUAUCUUAUUAUGUUGUAGUAAGGUGUGUCUAACACUAUCUGAACAUUACGUCCCUCCAUGUUGACAGGUGUAUUGCCAUCUAAGAUGUAGUUGUGCAAGAAACCCAAUUAAAGAUUGGCAUUUGAGUCCUUUA